AAUUCCAGAGGCUCAAGUAGCUUCUUGAGGAAGGAGGACAAGAAAGAGAAACUGAAAGGAACCUCUCAGAAAGAUCUGACAGGUACACAUCUAGAAUGGAGACCUGGAACAUGUUUUGGGGGAUCAUCUUCCUUGUGGCUAACCUUGGUUUCAUCAUGACACAGAGACCUGUCUGCAGGGAGGCCACGGUGGGAGAUAUCGUGUUUCUGGUGGACGCCAACAUCAACCCCCAACAGGCCCGCAGCGUGCGGAACUUCUUGUCCACCGUGGUGAAUGGCUUCCAUGUUGGUAGAGAGACCAUCCGUGUGGGUCUGGCUCAGUACAGCAACACACCCAGCUCAGAGUUCCUGUUUACCACCUACCACCGCAAAACUGAUGUCUUGAGGCACAUUAAGAGGUUUCCAUUUAAGCCCGGGGGCAGGAAGACAGGCCUGGCGCUGCGUUUCAUCCUAGAUCACCACUUCCAGGAAGCAGCAAGCAGCCGGGCGAGCCGUGGGGGGCCUCAGAUGGCCAUCGUGCUCAGCAACGGGCCAGCUGAGGACCAGGUCCGUGAACACGCAGAGGCCCUGAGGAGGACAGGCGUCCUGCUUUAUGCUGUCGGCAUCAGAAAUGCCGUUUGGGCAGAGCUCAGGGAGAUGGCAAGUCGUCCCGAGGAGAAGUUUGCGGCUUUGGUUCCUAACUUCCCCGGCCUGGGAAGUCUUGGCCAGAAGCUGCGGCAGGAGAUCUGUGAGACUUUGACAAAAGCAGCUCAACGUGUGGACCACGUCUCACCAGCCUGCAGAGAAGCAGCCCUGGCAGACAUUGUGUUUUUAGUGGACAGCUCAACCAGCAUUGGGCCCCAGAAUUUCCAGAAAGUGAAGAAUUUCCUUAGCUCUGUGGUUUUGGGGCUUAACAUCAGCAGCGACCAGGUCAGGGUGGCACUUGUCCAGUAUAAUGACAACAUCUACCCGGCCUUUCAGUUGAACCAGUACCCUCUGAAGAGCAUGGUCCUGGAGCAGAUCCGGAAUCUGCCCUACCGCACAGGGGGCACCAAUACAGGGAGUGCCCUGGACUACAUCAGGACCAACUAUUUGACUGAGGCAGCUGGCAGCAGGGCCCAGGACAGUGUUCCUCAGAUAGUUAUCCUGGUGACGGAUGGGGAGUCCAACGAUGAAGUCCAGGAGAUGGCUGAGAGGCUGAAAGACGAUGGGGUUGCUUUGUACGUGGUAGGGAUCAACGUCCAAGAUGUGAAGGAGCUUCAGAAAAUAGCCAGCAAACCAUUUGAGAAGUUUCUCUUCAGCACUGAGAACUUCAACCUCCUGCAGGAACUCUCGGGAAACAUCCUUCGGACUCUGUGCUUGGCCGUGGAGGAUAAGAUUAAAGAGUUCACCAAGACGUACGCCGAUGUGGUCUUUCUUGCGGACACCUCUCAGGGCACAUCAUGGGCCAGUUUCCAGCAGAUGAGGAAUUUCAUCUCCAGAGUGGCGGGCAUGCUAGAGGUUGGCAGAGACAAGUACCAGAUCGGGCUGGCUCAGUACGGUGCUGAAGGUCACACGGAAUUUUUGUUCAAUACCUACCAGACGCAGAGCGAGGUGAUUGCUCAUGUUCAGGGGCAGUUCAGGCUCCGGGGCGGCUCUAGGAGGACAGGCAAAGCCUUGCAGUACAUUCGUCAGACCUUCUUCCGGGAAGAAGCAGGGAGCCGUUUUCUCCAGGGUGUUCCCCAGUAUGCCGUGGUCAUCACUUCGGGCAAGUCCGAGGAUGAGAUCUGGGAGGCCACACAGACACUAAGGGAGAAAGGUGUGCAAGUCAUCGCCAUGGGCAUGCAGAACGUCGACAGGAAGGAGCUGGUGGGCUUGGGGACACCAUCUCUUGUGUAUGAGACCCAAGGAGAAGAUGGAGUGAGGCAGAUGCUGCAGGAUUUGCAUGUGGUGAUCCAAGAGACUGGGCAGCCGGAGGUCAGGACCCAGGCCAUCCAGGAGGACGCAGUAGCAUGUCCAAUGGCUAUUCCAACUGAUGUGGUAUUCCUGAUUGAGGAAUUUGGCAGAGGUAGUCAAUCAAAUUUCCAGCAGGUUGUCAAGUUCCUAAAGUCCAUGGUCAGAGCUCUAAGAAUCCACCCUGAUGUUGUGAGAAUCGGCUUGGUCUUUUAUAGUAAGGAGCCGAGACUUGAAUUUUCGCUGGACACAUUUCAGAAUACAGCCCAAAUCUUGGAGCAUUUGGAUAAAUUAACCCCCCGAGGAAGAGGAGGAAGGCUCAAGACUGGCACUGCGUUGGAUUUCCUAAGGAACGAGGUUUUCAUUCAGGAGAAGGGCAGCCGGCCCAACCAAGGGGUACAGCAGGUAGCUGUGGUCAUCACAGAAAGUGUCUCACAAGAUAACGUGUCCCGACCAGCUUCUCUCCUCCGUCGGGCGGGGGUGACCAUCUACGCAGUGGGCACCCAGCUUGCCUCGGAGAGCCAGGGCCUGGAGAAAUUGGCAUCGUAUCCUCCUUGGCAGCAUGCGGUCCCCCUGGAAUCUUUCCUGCAACUCUCCAUCGUGAGGAACAAGAUUAAGAACCAUCUCUGCACUGAUGCUGUGGGCGAAAUGGGCUUCGAUCUUCGGGUGAGCUCUACCCCACAAACAGGUUGUGUGCAUAUCGAGAAGGCAGACAUCUAUUUCCUGAUGGAUGGUUCUGGCAGCAUCACCCAGGACGACUUCCUGGAAAUGAAGGUGUUCAUGAACGAGGUGAUCAGGAUGUUCCAGGUGGGGCCUGACAGAGUUCAGUUUGGAGUCGUUCAGUACGCGUACGACACUCAGAGCCAGCUCAUUCUUGGCCAGUAUGCCAGCGUGGCAGGGCUGAAGACGGCCAUUGAGGGCAUCCGGCAAAUGAGAGGUGGCACCCAUACCGGCCAGGCCUUGCAUGACAUUAAGCAGAUCAUCGCAGACACUGCCCGUGGCGGUGUGCCACGCUAUCUUGUGGUCAUCACAGAUGGGAGAUCUGAGGACCCGGUGGCUGAGGCCGCAGAGGCCUUACGGAGAGACGCUGUCAUUAUCUACGCCAUCGGAGUGCGAGACGCUCACACCGAUGAGCUUAGACAAAUGGCUGGCGACAAGAUCUUUUUUGUGAACGAAUUCGAUUCCUUAAAGGACAUCCAACAAGACGUGGUGCAAGACAUCUGCUCCUCAGAAAAAUGCGACCUGCAGUUGUCUGUAGGAAUUGACAUCUCAACUUCCGGAAGGCAUGUUCAGCAGACGCUUGCAGGGUUCCUGCCAGAACUGAUCCCACAGUUGACUUCGCUUUCCAACAUCAGCUGCAGCGGUCCCGGUCCGAUCAGCAAGAGGUUCCGCUACUUGGUUCCUGGACCAAACGGGCAGAUUCUCUUCGAUUCCCACUCCGUGAGUUCCAGCGACACGAUCACUCAGCUGUUCUUGGCUGCCAGGAACAGCCGUAUGGAUGCGCAUUUUUUGCAGUCCCUGGGAGAGGCUACUCGCCUGGCCGCUGCGAAAGUAAAGGGAGAGAAGGGUCCUGGUGGAUUUCUGGGCCAUCCUGGUCAAAUCGGAGCACCGGGAGAACGAGGCUCCCAGGGUCUCCCUGGACCCCGAGGGGAGGAAGGAUGCCCAGGUCUGAGGGGCCCUAAGGGUGAACCUGGUGAGGCGGGUAUUGAUGGAUUGAAUGGAGAACAGGGUGAGCGUGGAGUCCCAGGGUUAUCUGGAGAAAAAGGAAGUAGAGGAAAUCAGGGCUUGGUGGGACCCCCUGGGCAACCUGGCGAGCGUGGAUCUCAAGGCUUGAGGGGAGAGCCUGGGGAUCCUGGAACUGAUAGCUACAUCCAAGGCCCUAAGGGAGAAAAAGGAAGGCAUGGGCAACGGGGACGUUCUAGUUUUGAUGGACCUCAAGGGGAGAGCGGAAACAUUGGCCCUAAUGUAGGUGUAACUACUUGUGGGGCACACUUGCCUGGCCAUUCAUGUGACACCCUUGGAAGGCAGCACUUCCUAGAGGGUGUGCAUGGACAAUCGGGUGAACAGGGCUACCAAGGGGAACUCGGGUAUCCAGGCCAGCAGGGACCAAGAGGAAGGCAGGGGACACCAGGAUUUAUUGGACAAAAAGGCUUACGGGGUGCACAGGGGCCUCCUGGGACCCAAGGGCCCGAUGGCCCCACAGGAGCAGCUGGGUCAGCAGGAAUGAAGGGAGAGGUUGGUGAAGCAGGAGAACAAGGCCCACAGGGACCUCGGGGACCAAGAGGACCAUCCGGUCUUCUGGGUCCAGAUGGAUAUGGACGUCCAGGAAGAAAAGGAACAAAGGGCAAACCCGGAUUUCCUGGCUAUCCUGGUGCACAGGGAGAAGAUGGUGAUCAGGGCCAACAAGGAGAGAAGGGGCCAAAGGGAAUCAGAGGGAAGAGGGGUAAUGCUGGCUAUCCUGGAUUUGCUGGAGCCCCAGGGGACCGAGGCCCACCAGGACAAAUGGGUGUCAAGGGCCCCAAAGGCUUGGUGGACAUGACGCCUUGUGAAAUUGUUAAUCUCACACGAGAAAACUGCCCUUGUUCAACAGGUGUUUCCAAGUGCCCAGCCUUCCCAACGGAGGUGGUCUUUGCCUUGGAUAUGUCCAAUGAUGUCUCCCAGUUGGAUUUCGAAAGGAUGAGAGACAUUCUGUUAUCUCUGUUGAUGAAGAUGGAAAUAAGUGAGAGUCCCUGCCCCACGGGUGCCCGAGUGGCCAUCAUUUCAUACAGUGCCAGGACAGAUUACCUGCUGCGCUUCUUAGACUAUAAGGGGAAGACUGCACUCUUGCAGGCUGUGAAGGAAAUCCCCCUGGUACGGUCAUCUGGCCAACGGAACCUUGGGGCCACCAUGAGGUUCGUGGGAAGACAUGUAUUCAAACGUGUGCGCUCGGGCCUUCUCGUGAGGAAGCUGGCUGUAUUCUUCGAGGCAGGCUGGGCCUAUGACACAACGUCUGUUAGCACAGCCACACUGGAACUCAGUGCACUGGACAUCACCCCUGUGGUCAUCACCUUUACGAAGGAGCACAACCUCCCAGAUGCCCUGCUGAUGGAUGCGACCAACAGAUUUCACCUGUUCGUCUGGGAGACGGAGAGGCAGCAGGACGUGGAGCAUGUGGCCCGGUGCAUUCUCUGCCACGACAAGUGCCGACCCCAGCCGGACUGUGAGCACGGCGCGCCGGGGCCUUUGGCGGUGGACGUGGACGUGGCGUUCUUGGUGGAUGGCUCCCAGGGGACCAGCGCAGACGUCUACCGCGCCUCCUUGAACCUGGUGGCCGCCGUGCUGGACGACCUGGAAGUGGCCGCGCAGCCAGCUGUGUCCCGCCACGGGGCGCGCGCGUCGCUGGUGGUGCACACGACGCCUGGCUUCGGGCCUGGUGGGGGCCGCCCUCCCGUGACAGAGAGCUUCCACCUGAUGUCCCAUGGCCACCGGGCUCCCAUGCAGCGGCUUGUCCAGGAGGCUGCGGGGCACCCCCCGCAGGGAGCACCCGCCCUCGGCCACGCCCUGGAAUGGACGCUGGAGAAGGUGCUCCUGGCAGCCCCGCUGCCGCGGAAAGCCCAGGUUCUCUACGCCAUCGUGGGCCGCGAGACCAGCAGCUGGGAUCGGGCGAAGCUGAGGACCUGGUCCCUGGAAGCCAAGUGCAAGGGCAUCGCUCUGUUUGUGUUGGCCUUAGGCCCGGGAGUGGGGCCCCUCGAGCUGGCUGAGCUGGACCGAGUGGCCAGCGCCCCCUCCGAGCAGCACCUGCUGCGCUUGGAGGGAGUCUCUGACCAAGAGGUGGCCUACGCCCGAAGGUUCACACGGGCCUUUUUCAGCCUUCUAACUAGUGAAACAAACCAGUAUCCACCCCCAGAGCUCAGUGUUGAAUGUGGGGGCCCAAGCCGUGGGGAUACUCUGCUGCACCUCGUCCAGCCUAUUAAGAGGUUGUCCAACCCUCAGUCUGACGUGCCCACCUUGGCUGAUGAUUUGGAAGCCCUUGAAACAGCUGAGGCUUUUGUAAGCAGAGCCAUGCCAGCCACAUCAAUGACUCCACAAGAAGCACUUGACAAUUAUUACGAAAAGAGCAAAGACGAUUCUGGACAAGGAACACCAGCAGAGCCAGGAGAAACAAGA